AUGGACGAUAAGGAAAGUCUUGGACAAAUAUCCGCUGCUGUCGGGCGCGUCUGUCUGCGGUUCAAGAGCGGACCCAACGCGCCGUCGCCGCAAGGGCAAGUUUUUGCUAGAUGCACUUUCGUCGGCCGAGGCGAACCAUUCUUCGUACCAACGCCGCUCGCCGCCGACGGUCAGGCACCUCCGGUGGUAGACAAAGCCACUGGAUCACCGCAAACGCUGCUAUCAUCGGUGCACUCGGAGCCUGUCGACAUCACCGAAGCCGUUAACUCGCAGAUCGAACAAGACGGAGACAUUGUUGGCAAUGAUAACGUGCCUACCACUAAGGUUGUUGUAGCUGACCUGGGCUUCAGCUUGGACACAGCAAAGUUUGAAUUGGUGGAAGAUGCCCUGUCUAAGCUCGAUGCUACCGUUAUCAAAAUCGAGUUGUGCCUUCGCCACGGAGGCACCUGUGGCGGCGGUAGUACCGGGGCCGAGGAAGAGACCGCGGUCAUCGGGACGGCCUCCGUUCGAGUGACCGCCAUCCUUCGUGGCGAGAACGAGUGGACGAACGAACUGGCCCUGGGCACAUACACCGCUUCGCCACCGCCCGAUGCAGAAAAAUUGAAGGAGGUUGUGGCGGAAGAGAGUAAGGAACCGGGCUUGAUAGACGAUGCAGCAAUACACGAUGCAUCAUCCGGGCUGCUCGAGUUUGGAGGCUCUACCUCGACAAUACGAGUGACGCUGUUGGCCAACGACGACACGGCUGACUACACAGUCGGAGCCGGUUCUCUGUGGAUAGAUGGAGCCGAAGUAACUGGCGUGCCAGAGAGUUGGAAAAUGUUGCCUCCUCGAGACACCGAGCACCCCACCUGGAACGAUGCCAUCGCCAAGGCACUAUCAGGUCAACCACGGCACGAGUUUUCCAUCUGGUGGGGUGCAGACCCAGUCGGAGCACCAGGGGACAACCUGGAAGACGAGGAAACCGUCAAGGAAUUCCCAGCCAUGAGACUCGACGGGGGGGUUUUGAGGUGGGCGGACACGUUUUCAGUCUACGUUCCUGACGAGGAGUCGGUCAACGUGGACUCCGUCGCAAGUGAUUCGGCGGCGGAUGAGGGAAGUCAAGGCCAAGCGUCCUCUCCUGCCCCUGGGAACGGAGGUGGAGCAGGCAGUACCACAAACACCGACGAAAACCCUACCCCUGCGGUCCCGCGCGACCCGCCCACAGGAACGUGGUCCGUUCUGUUCCCGUCCUUCCAGACAAAGAGCUCGUUCUUGCACCGGACAUCGAUUCGGGAGCUUCGGGAGGCCCUCACUACACCGUGCGGAGGUGGGGAUCCCGAAAAAAAUCUUCCUGCGACUAAGAGCAAGCUGCACGUGAUUCUAGAGCGCCGGGAGAUCCGGCCGGAACCCUCGGCGGACGAAGGAAAGGCGGGCGGCAAGGGGGGAAAGAAGGGCGGCGGCAAAAAGCAGGCGGCAGGCAAGAAAGGGGAAGCCGCCGAGAACCCUCCGCCCCCCGCCGAAUCCCCGUGGCGAUGCCGAGCGGUCAUCGAUCUGGCUCCUUUGGCCCGACCAGCAGCAGUCAUGUCGCAUCCGGCGGUCGCGUCGGGCAGUCUUGUAGAUUCCGACGCGGGGGACUCUCCGCUUCGCGCCGAGCUCCGGGCGACGUUGGCUCUUGCACCACCGCCAGCACAAGACGCACCAAUAGAAGCUACCGCGGAUGACGCGGCUGGGAAGAAAGUGGAAGAAGCGACGGCUCCAGCUGUGGCUCCUGCUGCCGAAGAAGUCAAGGAUACAACCGCGUCAGUGGGCGACGUGUUUGUCCCCAGCGACGUUGGUCCCCGCAAGCCACCUCGGGAUGUGGACGUGGAGCUGAAACAAGAGCUGGACGAGUUCGUGCAGGUGUCGCUUGAGGAGUACGCCAAGCUGUUUCUGGAACCUGGUGCAGAUAUGAGACGGGAAGACAUGCAAGAUCUGUCGGCACAGGACCGAGAGAAGCAUCUCUUUUACGCGCUCAACUCCGGCGGUCUGUACCACUCCUUCCUGGGGCGUCUUAAGCCACGCGUGCAGAGGGUCGUUCGCAAGAGGUUUGGUGCGGUCCCGGAAGACGCCGCAGAGGCAGACGCUUUCAUAUCUGACCUGUACGUACACCUUGUCGAGGAGGCGGCCGUGGUGCUCAACCACAGAAUAAAGAAUGCCGAGACGAAGGCCACUCCGUCGUACAUCACGGCCGAUGCCGACAAGUCGCUCGAGUUGAAGGUGGAACACCUAGGCAUGCUCGCAGAUGACGCAGAGGCGCGCGGCGCUCGAGAGGAGGCUGCGGCCAGACACGAAGAUCGGAUUGAGGCUGCGACGGAAGCGGCAGCGGCGCUUGAAGAGUGGCGACCACUCCUAGCGCGGUCCUGGGAGAAGUACGCUUUUUUUUCUCUCCGGGGUGGCCGCAGCGGACAGCGUCGGCAACACCCACAAGAGGUAGUGCCCAGUGCAAAGAACGGCAAUGUGAGCACGUUAAGGAGCCGCGGUAGCGAGAGCCUAGAUCACGCCGCACGGUGCCUGGAAGAAUGCCUCCGCGUUUACCUGCCGGGGUCGGACGAAUCCCUAGCGGCAGCGUCCGUGCUCGCGGCCGUAUCGAUGGAGCAAGGACAGCUCGACAGGGCGUGGGCGCUCAUGGAGAAGGUGCUUGAACAGCGGCUUCCCAUCCUCAAGGAAGGAGCUGAUGGCAAGCACUGUCUACGAGAGUCACUUGCAACGAGGCUGUGGAUGACGAAACUUGAGGAGAACAACGGCUUCGCUCGGUUAAAUUAUUUCGUCUUCUUUUUCUUCCAUCCUCGGACAGAGGCUAGGGGUGCCAUUGGAGCCAUCGUUUCCGACGACGAACCUAGAACACCCCGGCGAACCGCCGUGCGCGUCAUGCACGACGCCUGCGCUUGGUUGCUGGAGCUCGGCUUACCGGGGAUGGCUCGACGGGCGUUCAUCGUGGCUGAGGAGAGCGAGCGGCUCGCGGUCAAGAAGGCGAAGGAACGCGGCCUAUCCAUCCGGACUCCUACUGCCCUGCGCGAGUCCUGCCGCCGCCUCAAAUGCUACCUCAUCCUAGCCGACGAAGCCACGGCAGCCGUAGCUGCAGACCGGGACAACAGCAACAUUAUCGCUUCGACGGUAGUUUCAGGCAAAGCAGGUUCGAGAACGAACGAAGCAGCCCAGGCAGCAGCACCAGCGCCAGCGGCUGCCGGCAAAGCAUCCGGUGACGAAAAACAAACAAGCGCAUCUGACGGCAUGGCGAUGGUGCCUGGCGCGGUUGAUGCGGAGAGGCUUGCGCAGGAAGCUGUGGAGCUCUCACCGGGAGAUCCCCGACCUUGGCAAGCCUUGGCGGAGGCUUGCGAUGCCCAAGGGCUCAUCAAAGCCACGGAGGCAGCAGACGCUUGGGCUGCGGUACUCGACCGCACGGAAACAGCGUGGAGGACCUCUCCGGCUAGCGGGGAAGAGGCGACACCUCCAACUCCUGCUCUGCGAGUCUACAUGCGGCUAGGGUCGUUAUACAACACUCUCGGCAGGAUCGAGGAGGCCAAGGUGGGGAAAGGGGCCUACAAUUCCGUUGGGCCCGUCAAUUUUGAAUACGCCGCCGUUGUUAAGGCGUGCUUUCUUCGGGCUUGCCGAGCGUGGCGGGCUCCGGGUCCAUGGCUUGGAUGCGGAGCGGCUUGCUUGCGGCUGGAGCAGUGGCAGGAGGCCGAAGAUGCCCUGCAGCACGCCUCUCGCCUGGACUGCAACUCGCCACUGGUGUGGGGGCACCUGGCUCUGCUGCUGCUGUCCAUGGGAGAGGGCAGGCUCCAGGAAGCCGACCGAGCGCUGUCACAAGCUCUCUGCCUGGGCCUCGCCGACUCGUCCCUUCUACGCGAGAUAGGCAACUGCUACGUCGCCGUUGGCCGGUUAGAUGCGGCAGAGGAAGCUCUGCGAAAGUCCCUGGCUGCCGAUGUUAAUAGCCAUGGCAACAAUGGCAACCCGCAUACACGUAGAUGCUUAGGCGACGUUCUCUCUGCCAGGAACUCUACGAGCCAGUUGGCACUAUCCCUUUCCCAAAGUGGCAAGCUCCCAAAGCAUCAAUCAAUGUUGGUAACUGACGAUUGGUCGACAUCCUGUCCCUGCCAGGCCGUGGAGGAGUAUCGGCGAGUGCUUGAAUCUCCAUCCGCCGACGUGAACGAUUCUGAACGGGAGGAAGUCUUGACGCGUUGUGGGAAUCUCCUUCGCAAGAUGGGGAGGGGCGACGAGAUCGACCAGCUUCACCAGGAAGCGUUGUUCUCACGGCAGCAGCAACUCUUGGCAUGA